CCUCCUUGGCUGGACAUGGGUUAUGAGCAUCCCUGUGCUUAAGGGGUUGCCAGCCUGGUCCUGGGUCGCCCCGGCCCUUCCCCCACCCGUUCGGUUCCCUGCCACCACCCGCGCUCGUACGUGCGUCUCCGCCUGCAGCUCUUGACUCAUCGGGGGCCCCCGGGUCACAUGCGCCCGCCCGGCUCUAUAGGCACCGCCCCCUGCCCACCCCCCCGCCCGCGCUGGGAGCCGCAGCCGCCACUCCUGCUCUCUCUGCGCCGCCGCCGUCACCACCGCCACCGCCACCGCCACCGCCACCGGCUGAGUCUGCAGUCCUCGAGGUGAGGCCCGUAUCGGGCCGCAUCCCCUUACUCGCUUCUUGCUGCUUUCACUCCCCGUUUUCCUGGGCUUAGUGCCCCGGGAGGGUGACGCUGUAUACCUGACUGUCACCUGCCUUCCCUGGCACCAUCCAUCCCUGGCCUUCCCGGACAGCUCCCGGCUUUCUGGCUGUCACCUCCUCCCGAUUUAGGAGAUCUCAGCCAUCAUGUCUAUAGAGAAGAUCUGGGCCCGAGAGAUCCUGGACUCCCGUGGGAACCCCACCGUGGAGGUGGAUCUCUACACUGCCAAAGGUCUUUUCCGGGCUGCGGUCCCCAGUGGGGCCUCCACUGGCAUCUAUGAGGCCCUGGAGCUAAGGGAUGGGGACAAACAGCGUUACUUAGGCAAAGGUGUCCUGAAGGCCGUGGACCACAUCAACAGCAGGAUUGCACCAGCCCUCAUCAGCUCAGGUCUCUCUGUGGUGGAGCAGGAGAAACUGGACAACCUGAUGCUGGAGCUGGACGGGACUGAGAAUAAAUCCAAGUUUGGGGCCAAUGCCAUCCUGGGUGUGUCCCUGGCCGUGUGUAAGGCUGGGGCCGCUGAGAGGGACUUGCCCCUCUAUCGCCACAUUGCUCAGCUGGCUGGGAACUCCGACCUCAUCCUGCCUGUGCCGGCCUUUAAUGUGAUCAACGGUGGCUCUCAUGCUGGGAACAAGUUGGCCAUGCAGGAGUUCAUGAUCCUCCCAGUGGGUGCUGAGAGCUUUCGGGAUGCCAUGCGACUUGGGGCAGAGGUGUACCACACACUCAAGGGGGUCAUCAAGGACAAGUAUGGCAAGGAUGCCACUAACGUGGGGGAUGAAGGCGGCUUUGCCCCCAAUAUCCUGGAGAACAGCGAAGCCUUGGAGCUGGUGAAGGAAGCCAUCGACAAGGCUGGCUACACGGAAAAGAUGGUGAUCGGCAUGGAUGUGGCUGCCUCUGAGUUUUACCGCGAUGGCAAAUACGACUUGGAUUUCAAGUCUCCCGCUGAUCCUUCCCGAUACAUCACUGGGGACCAGCUGGGGGCACUCUACCAGGACUUUGUCCGGAAUUAUCCUGUGGUCUCCAUUGAAGACCCAUUUGACCAGGAUGACUGGGCAGCUUGGUCCAAGUUCACAGCCAACGUUGGCAUCCAGAUAGUGGGCGAUGACCUGACGGUGACCAAUCCCAAGCGCAUCGAGCGGGCAGUGGAGGAGAAGGCCUGCAACUGCUUGCUGCUCAAGGUCAAUCAGAUCGGCUCAGUCACAGAAGCCAUCCAAGCGUGCAAGCUGGCCCAGGAGAAUGGCUGGGGGGUAAUGGUGAGUCAUCGCUCUGGAGAAACUGAGGACACGUUCAUCGCUGACCUCGUAGUGGGACUGUGUACAGGCCAGAUCAAGACUGGUGCCCCAUGCAGGUCGGAACGUCUGGCGAAGUACAACCAGCUCAUGAGGAUUGAGGAAGAACUGGGGGAUGAAGCUCGCUUCGCGGGACAUAAUUUCCGAAAUCCCAGUGUGCUGUGACCCCCUGCUAGCCUGAACACAGGAACAUCUCAUUCUCCUGGAGCCUCUUUCUUGCUGUCCCGACCUGCUCUAGUCACUCUGAUACCCUGAGCCCCAAGUCACCCAGAACACCUCGACUUACCUGCUCUGGCUGUUCUUGGCUUCCACAACCCCUUGCUGUCUCUGCUCUUCCUCUGCUCUGGGCCCCAUUUUUUGGGGGGGGAUUCCAGUCUUCCCACUUUCCCUUCUAUUCUCUCUUCUCUUUAAAAAGAAAGAAAGAAAGGAAGGAAGAAAGAAAGAAAGAAAGAAAGAAAGAAAGAAGAUUAGAAGGGGGUCCAUAGAAGAACCAUCAGUGUCUGACAGGAGCUUCAGGAUUGGUGUGUUGGGAUGUUUAAAAGUGGGGCCACGGGGCAUGUGCACUUCUCUGCUUUCCAUGGUGUGUAUAAGCCUUGCACUAUGCAUAGAAGUGGUGUUUGGAGAGUGCUGGAUGUAUGGUCAUGCUUGGUUAAGGCUUUAGUGUGUGUGUGCGUGUACAGGCACAUACUUGUUUGUUUAUUUAUUUAUUUAUUUCUCAGCUGGUUAGUCAGUCAUCUCCCAUCACCUUACAGUGUGAAAGCAACCCAACUUGACAGGACUGGGCAUCAGUAUUACCAUGUGGCUUCAUCCAAGAUGACCUAGGAUAGGAGGAUUUGCUACCAUGGGAAGGGGAACAGAAAGGGACCUUUGCAAUUGUUCCACAUGGUGCACUGACUGAAGCUCGGUACUUCACAGAGUAGGGCUGGUGUACCUGCGGGCUUUUCUCCUAUAACUCUCUCCCCAGCCCUAGGCCCCUCAGUCUUUCUCCAGCUGCACCAGAGCUCUGCCUCACUUCCCUGUGCCAUGUUCCACAGCUGCCACCAUCUUUGUGGCUUUGAAAUGACCACCACCAUUAAAGUCUGAAUCACCGUG